UUUUUGUUAGAUGCGUUGAUAACCAGUUUAUGUAAAAACGCGCCGGCUGUGGAAAAACAUUGCUUUCUGCUUUCUCGAUUCGGCCUGAACUAUAGCGAUUCAAUUUCAGUCUAGAGAGUCUGUCCGCGCGAUUAAGUACAUAAUUUCAAACGGUUCUGCCUGUCGACUGCAGACCUCAAGGAAGCUCAAACAGUCGGGAAAAAAUUGAUCUCGAAGAGAACAGACCUUGUUCGAUGAAUAUUUUCUCAAACCGACUUGAAAGAAUAAAAAUAAACGUUUCGAAAAUUUCUUGCUGACAAACGAGCAACGUCGUCUUCUUAUAAAUCAAUGAUUUGUGAAUUAAAGUGAGUAAUUACAGAUUAUAAUAAUAAACAAAGGGAGAAAGGAAAAACUUUGUUUGAAGAAGUGACGAUUCUCUUUUCGCGUUCUUGCAACCAUAAAGAGAUAGGAAGAAGAAAUUCAGACUAUGCCAAAGACGAGGCAAAGGCGAAGCAUCAGAUCGGAAGUUAAAACGUCGACGAAUUCGAGGAAUUCAUGGGCGAAUUUCGUCCAACGAUCGAACAACUAUGUCUACGUCUCGCCGGUUCAUUCUGUCGCUUACAACUGGGAUAAUCCAGACGUCAAGUAUCACCAUGGCUGCUUCGGUCAAAAGUUACCCAAAGUUAACUGCGGUAUGGCGAACGUGGUACCGUGGCUGUUGUCGAUGUGCCUGCUUGGCCUCCAGGAGAUCGCGAUCCAAUCAGGAAGUAACGCGCUUUCACGCGGUCUUGAGACCACUGGCCAGAAAAACGUGCCCCCAGCCUUUCGCUCGUCUUUAAGGAAUUACAAGAUCCUGAUAUCGGGCCACGAGGAGCUUCCCGGUCACAUAAACUGCGACUCGCCGAAACUCGAGGAGAACCUGCUGGAAAGGUUACCAACGACGCCGGUGUACAGCACACAUCCGUACGGCUCGACGCCGGACUCGAGCGAAUAUUUCUCGAGACACUUGGAGAAGAGGCUCCGCUCGAGACCACCAGCACGAAAUCUGCUCCGAACUGAUGCGCAUUCGGUGAAUCAGCUGGAGUCUCACGGAUUUAAUUACGACCCUGGCCGCGGUCACAUCGAGGACGAUUACGUUGGACCCGCUAUGGAAUUGGUGUACGCGUGGUCGACGAUCGACUACACGUACGACAGCAUCGAGGCUCGCGAUUCGGCCAUCUACGACGGAGACUUCGUCGCGGAGAAUAAUCUGCCGUUGGGGCUGGAAAUCUGGAGGGACAGGGUUUUCAUCACCCUCCCAAAGUGGAAGGAGGGCAUUCCGGUCACGUUGGCUACCGUGCCCAAACCAUCGAAGACGAAAAGCCCCAAACUGAGACCUUAUCCGGACUGGAGGUGGCACCAACCAGGGAACUGCGACGGUCUGACUUCGGUCUUUAGAAUCCAUGUGGACGAGUGCGAUCGUCUUUGGGUGCUGGACUCCGGGAAAGUGGACGUGGCGAGGGGAGCGAAGCCAGCCUGCCCCCCGGCGAUUUUCAUCUUCGACCUGGCAACCGACACACUCGUGAGAAAGUACACGAUACCGAGCGACCAGGUGAAAGAGGACUCCUUGUACACGAACAUCGUGGUGGACAUCAGGAACGAGGACUGCGACACGGCGGUAGCCUACGCCUCCGACGUGUUCCGUUACGGAUUGCUGGUGUACGACUUCCUCAACGACUCGUCCUUCAGGAUCCAGCACCAUCUCUUCUACCCUGACCCGUUGGCCUCCAAGUACGAGCUCCACGGCCUCAAGUUCCAAUGGACCGACGGGAUUUUCGGCAUAGCGUUGAGCCCGGUGGACAUCCACGACGACAGAACCCUGUUCUUCCAUCCGAUGUCGAGCUUCCGCGAGUUCGCCGUCUCGACGUCGAUCCUCCGCGACAAGAGGACCGCCGAGGAGAACACGGAGUACUUCAUGCCGAUCGGCAGGCCCAGAGCGAAGGACUACGGCCACUCGUCCGGCUCCGUGAUCGAUCGAAACGGCGUGAUGUUCUUCAACAUGGUGACCAGGGACUCGGUUUGGUGUUGGGACACCAGGAAGGAGUACAUCCCGCAGAAUCUCGGCGUCAUAGGCACCAGCAACUUGUCCCUGGUCUUCCCGAACGACAUCAAGGUCGAUCACGAUCACGAGCAGAACGUUUGGACAAUUUCCAACAGGCUGGCCAUGUAUCUUUACGGCAGUAUCGAUAGCAGCAAGGUUAACUACAGGGUGUUCAAGGCUAAUGCUCGUGAGGCUGUCAAGGACACGGUCUGCGAUCCCAAUUACGUCGUGCCUGGCUCCGAACACGGCUACGACGAGAUCUGCUAAGGAUCAUUCGCCCGUUCGCUACAUUGCAAUCAUCUGAGUAAUGCUACUGACUCACGCCAAGAGAUAGUUUCCAUGCAAUUGUCUAUGGGCGAUACUAUCGACGCGUAUACGUAAUUAUCUGAUCGUGAAUGAUACCGCUGAUCGGGACGAUUGUUACUUUUAUAUUUAUGCGUGUCGACGGAGGAUGGUAGGAAAUUGACCAAUCUUGGAGUUGACUGACUUGAAGGAAUUUAUAGUGUUUACUUUUCCAUAAAGUCUCUUUAUAAUUUCAAAGAUUUAUUACAAAGGCAAAUAGAAAGGACAGAUAAGUGGAGAUUAUUACAAAAUGAGACGUAUAUAUUUAAAUCUUUUUUUUGCAUUUAAUACACCUCUAUAUGGUCACUAUUAGUUCCAUACACCAGAGGUGUAUUAAAUGAGGCAGAGGAAACUUAAAUAUAUGUGUUUCAUUUUGUAAUAAUUUCCACUUAGUUGUCUUUUCAUUUGCCUUUGUAGUAAAUUUUUGAAAUUGUGAAGAAACUUUAUGGACACACCCUCGAGAUGAUGGGAGAUUUGUAAGAAAUGAACGAGGAUAUCGUUAUUAGUAUAACUUUUCAAUCUUCUCCCGAUGACGAGGUAUCAGUAAAGUAAUGAUUCAGAAAAUAAGCAUAUUUAAGAAAUUGCUAAUCAUGCCCAAAAAAAAUCACAAAAUUAUUGUUAAGUGGGAUUUUACAACUUUCCCAUCGUCUCAUCUUUAGUAUAUUAAAGAGAAACCAGAGUGUAUAGUUAAAAGUAUUUGUAAGUGUCAAACAUAAAAUUUUUCAGAUUCUUUUUAUCAUUAUAGCAUUAUUGAUUGGACAAAAGAAAAAACUUUCACUCAAAUUCCAUAUGACACACAUUGCAGUGUUCUCAUUAAUACAUAGAACAUCUUUCAAUAAUUUUUCAAUAAAGAAAUAUUCCAAUUUUAGCACUUGCAAUGCUUUCUACAAAAUUCCUUAAAAUAUUUAGAGACACACGCCAGAAACAGGCCCAAAAUUGGCCAACUUUUACCCAUUAUCCUUCUCCGACGAAAAAAUAUUUUAGCAACAAUCACAAUGAAUGUAUCGACAGGUUGAGAGUGCGUUGUAAAUGGAAAUAUUUGUUAAAAUAUUUCAGGAAAUGGGAUAAAGCGAUUGUUCCGUUGUCUCGGGAAGAUGAAUGUGAAUAAACGUUGAGAGAACAACUACCUCGAAUUCGUCUUCUCUGGAAAUAACGGAGAAGCUUCGUAAAUAUACUUUUAAAUACUCUAAGUGUAGCAAAUUCUGCUUUGGGAAUUACGUAACUCAAUGGUUGAGUGAAACCUUUUGCGCACAAAGAGCCAAUUGUUGCUGUUGAGUCCCACGGAAGACGCACAAUUGUUGAUUGAAGAUUUCAUUUCGGCUAAUGCCUAGAAACUUUGUAACUGAACGUGCGAGAAAAUCAAUGAUUAACUGGUCUUCUUUUCUUUGAGACGUUUUUUUUUUUUUUUUUCUUAUUUAUUUGAUUAAG